CAACGCGUCGUCUGGGGUUGGAGUCAAGCCGAAAAGUCGAUGGCUCUUUGUUCUUUUAAAAAUAUUUUGGUUGGGAUAUCGUUGUGUUGAAGGAAGUCGUUACAGGAAAACUCGCCUUUAAUAAGCCGCCUCACGCAACUCUAGGAACGUUUGAACGGCGUGGUACGCUGAGCCGCACCAGUCGUCCCCUACGCUUCGAGAGGUGUGACCGCAGCACAAAGCCGUCUGAUGUGGAGAAGCCAUUGGUUUUCUCACGUGUUAACUUGUUUAAGUGCGACUAGAUGAACUACGUCUCGUCAGCGUCAAUUUAACCAUGACCUCAUCGACACGCAUUUUUCAGAAAAUGUGGUCGACUGCGUGGCCGCUCGUUUUCCUGGUUUUGUCGGGCGUAAGCUGCCAGCGAGACUCGGACUUGACUGUCUCAACAACCGCAGGACGCCUGAGAGGUAUACUUGUCCCUACAACAGCCGGGCCUGUACGUGCCUUCCUGGGAGUUCCUUUCGCUGAGCCACCAGUAGGCUCUGCCCGUUUCAAGAAACCACAACAGAAAAAACCCUGGAAUGGAGUAUUCGAUGCCACUACGUUUCCGCCAAUGUGCCCUCAGCUACCUAUACAGUUCAAUAACUACUACUUAGUCAAGAAUAGCGAUCGCAUUUCGGAAGACUGUCUUUUCAUUAACGUGUUUGCUCCUAUCAACCACAAAGGAUCACUGAAGCCCGUUGUCGUUUAUAUUCACGGAGGCUUCUUUUCAUACGGUGGAAUCUCGAUGAAGCUUCAUGACGCCUCAGAACUAUCGGCCAGAGAAGACCUUGUUGUCGUUACCAUUGCGUACAGACUUGGCGCGCUUGGAUUUCUGAGCGUUGGCACCGAAGACGCACCUGGUAACAUGGGCCUUCAUGACCAGAUUCUCGCGCUGCGCUGGAUAAAAAGCAACGCCAAUGCUUUUGGUGGAGAUGCUGACCGCAUUACUCUCAUUGGUCAGAGUGCAGGAGCUUUCUCCGUUGGCAUUCACUUGAUAUCUCCCAAAAGCAAAGGCCUCUUCCGGCGAGCAAUUAUGCAAAGUGGAAGCCCCUUCACGAGCACGCUCGUGAACCGAAAGAAGGACGCAGCCUUCGGAGCGGGCGAGCUGGCGAGAGCUCUGGACUGCCCUUCGGCAAUGAUGAUGAUGCAAGGUGGUGGUGCGGAUGCAAUGCUCAAGUGUCUGCGCUCCAAGGACGUUGCUUCCAUACUGAACGCGACGGCAAGCUUCACCAUCGAAGGCCUAGACGGCUUCUUCCCGGUAAUAGGCGACGACCUUAUACCCGGGAAGCCCGGAGAUGCUUUGAGAAGCGGGAAGCUGAACGCUCGCGAGCUACUGGCCGGCAUAUCAGAAGCCGAAGGAGAUGGACUCAUUCACUUUAUGGCAAAAAAAUUCUACAAUACCAACGACGCCCAAGAAGUCAGGAAAGAUUCCAUGAUUUUCGUUGCGAGAGGGACAAUGAUAACGCUCUUGGGGUUCGAUUCCAAGCGAGCAAUAGACCGCUACUUUAACGGCUCGCGCGUACAAGGCGGAACCGAUGCACUUCACGCAGCGGCAGACCUCAUCGGCGACAGCCAGCUCGGGUGCCCGACGGUGGGCUUUGCCAAAAGAUUCGUGAACCCCGACACGAGAGUGUUUAUGUACAAGUUUUCACAACAACCAUCCAGGGUGAACUGGCCGAAGUGGGUUCGCCCCACUCACACGGACGAAAUCGCGUUCGCGUUAGGGUCAAUAUUCAAGCUGGAUCCAGAGAUCUCACUGGACGAUGUCAGAGCCGCCGAAAACUUCAUGCAUAUCAUUUCUACCUUUAGCCGCACAGGAGUUCCACGGGUCCAGGACAGAACUUCGUGGCCGAAAUUUGAUCAGCAGCAACGAUACAUGAACAUCCAAAAGCAAGGAAAUUUUCCCGGAAAGAAUUUGCUCUAUUCUACGUGUGAUAUGUGGGAAAGGGUUAGUCCUUAUGAUUAACCUCACUCCGCCUGCACUUCCUCUCCUAAGGUAAUUAGAUCCCUGAAUAAAGAAAUUUAAUAAAGGGCAUUGAUAUACGAAA